ACAAUCGACCACUAUCCCCACCUAUGCAAUAGGUGGUUGCUAAACAAGGCCAAUGACUCUCAUUCCUCUUUCAAUUUUCCGGUAAGAUUAGGAUUUGUCGUUACCAAUUUACAAUCAUCAUAGACUUGCAGCGUGUUGGCGAAAAAUGUCGAAUCUCCUGCUCAAUUCUCCUCCAAUCUGCCCAUUGUGGUUUCCAAAAUAUGUCGCCAAAAAUUCUCAGACGUCGCUAACUAGUCGAAGAUUGCCAAAAAAACCUUCUAUUAAAGCUUUCUUCUUCAAUCCAUCUGAAGAACGAAUUCUUAAGGAAGCAAUCAAGGAACCCGUGGCAUUCAUGGGUGGAAUGUUCGCAGGCCUUCUCAAGCUUGACUUAAAUGAAGAGCCCCUUAAGGAAUGGAUAAAUAAGACAGUCGAAGCUUCUGGAAUCACAGAACAAGAAAUUGACAACAUAGGACCUAAUACAGAAGAAGAAGCUCCACAACAGAUAGAUAUAGAAUGAUUCCAUCUAAUAGUUUUGUACAUCCUGCAAUUGAGAUAUAGUCAUAUAGAUAAAAUAAGAUACUGAGGGACUUAUUUUGCAAGGCAUCAUGUACCUGGAAAUUUGUCAUGCCAAUGUAAUAAACUUCUGUAUAUGCUGCAAUUAUGUCUCAUUUUUGUUCCA